AGAACCUGAAGGUGACGUCCUCCUUUUCCUGACUGGUCAAGAGGAGAUUGAUUAUGCUUGCCAGUGUCUGUACGAGAGGAUGAAAGGGCUAGGUAAAAAUGUUCCUGAACUGAUUAUUUUACCUGUCUAUAGUGCUCUGCCUAGUGAAAUGCAAUCUAGAAUUUUUGAUCCCGCCCCUCCUGGGAAGAGAAAAGUAGUUGUUGCUACAAAUAUUGCUGAAGCUUCGUUGACUAUCGAUGGUAUAUAUUAUGUUAUUGAUCCUGGAUUUGCAAAGCAAAAUGUUUACAAUCCAAAACAGGGGCUUGAUUCUUUGGUAAUAACUCCAAUUUCGCAAGCAUCAGCAAAGCAACGAGCUGGGCGUGCUGGAAGAACAGGACCUGGUAAAUGCUACCGCCUAUACACGGAGAGUGCGUUCCACAAUGAAAUGUCUCCUACUAGCAUCCCUGAAAUCCAGAGGAUAAAUCUUGGGAACACUGUACUUAUGAUGAAAGCCAUGGGAAUUAAUGAUCUUUUGUCGUUUGAUUUCAUGGACCCUCCUUCCCCUCAGGCUCUGGUAUCAGCCAUGGAACAGUUGUAUACUCUUGGAGCACUGGAUGAAGAGGGGCUCCUAACAAAAUUGGGAAGGAAAAUGGCAGAAUUUCCAUUGGAUCCUCCUUUGUCCAAGAUGCUCCUCGCCAGUGUGGACCUUGGUUGUAGCGAUGAGAUCUUGACCAUCAUUGCAAUGAUUCAAACUGGCAAUAUCUUCUACAGACCGAGAGAAAAACAAGCUCAGGCUGAUCAGAAAAGGGCCAAGUUUUUUCAGCCUGAGGGUGAUCAUCUGACCUUGCUUGCUGUUUACGAGGCUUGGAAAGCCAAAAACUUUUCUGGGCCAUGGUGUUUUGAAAAUUUUGUUCAAUCUCGAUCUCUUAGAAGGGCACAAGAUGUCAGGAAACAACUCCUCUCCAUUAUGGACAAGUAUAAAUUGGAUGUUAUGAGUGCCGGAAAAAACUUUACAAAGAUCCGUAAGGCUAUUACAGCAGGUUUCUUUUUUCAUUCUGCCAGAAAGGAUCCUCAAGAGGGUUAUAGAACCCUUGUUGAAAACCAGCCCGUUUACAUCCAUCCUAGCAGUGCACUUUUUCAAAGACAACCGGACUGGGUUAUUUACCAUGAGCUGGUGAUGACAACUAAGGAAUACAUGCGUGAAGUCACUGUUGUAGAUCCGAAAUGGCUUGUGGAAUUGGCGCCGAGAUUCUUCAAAGUGUCUGACCCAACUAAAUUGAGCAAGCGCAAGAGACAAGAACGCAUUGAACCCCUUUACGAUAGAUACCAUGAGCCUAACUCAUGGCGGUUGAGUAAAAGGAGAGCUUGAUCUUUUUGCUUUUUCUAUUUUUCAUGGGUUAAUGCUGUGACCUUAACCACUUGUUUGUUCGGUGUAAAAGAAUAUUGUUCUAUUUUAAAGUAUAAUUUUGGUCUUA